GCCGCGGGCCAGGCAAGUGUAAAAUACUACUGAGACAAGGGGUGGGAUGUCUGGCCGUUGUAGGGAUCAUUGCGGCUUGCGGAUUAGAAGACCAAGGACACUCGCGGGAUGGCACGACGAAGGACGUUCCUUGAGGACCGCCCGCUGGGCAUUGAGCCGCCAAGGGAGGUGGCUGGUGGAAUAGAAAUUAGCCUACCUGCCGCAAGGGAGGGCCGGCACCCGAUGGUGGACUGGGUCGGGGUAGAGCUCAUGGAAAACACGGUUUACUUAGUGACGAGAAUUGAGUGGCGUGCGGAUGAAAACGGGGAAUGGAACCCGGACCCACGGGGACAUGUGCGUGUAGAGGGUCGGUUGCAUGUGUCUGAAGACGGGUGGCGGACGUUCGGAGUCCUGUUGGCAUCAGGGGAAGAUCCGUUAAGUAUGUUCGAGGGAGCAUGGCAACUAGUGUGGCAAGCAGGGUUCGAAUUCGCAUACCCGGAACUUGAUGACGUGGCAGCUAACCUUAGAGUAGCCAUGGCCGGAAGCUUCGAGCUGCCCAGUGAAAACGUUCGGAUGAGAUUGCCGCCCUUUUUGCUAGAAAGGUUAGGCGGGGUAGAGCUUGUCAGGAGGGUUGUGGCCGACCUCGCCAACCUGACGUUUGAGGACACGAUGGUUCACCGAGAGUAUUAUCGGGCCUUCCUAGAAAUGGGGUCGUUCAGCGGAGAGCAGAGGCCGGGGAAAAGCAGAGGGAUACCAAGGAAGGAGAAGGGACCAGNUCUCAGGGAAAGGGUGUUAGGUUGGUUUGAUCCGGAGGGUACGCCAAAGGCCGGGGAAAAGCAGAGGGAUACCAAGGAAGGAGAAGGGACCAGUGAGGUCGGCGAAACGGGGAACUCUGAAGGGGGCCUCAAGAGGAUAGUAGCCACCCUCACCCGGGCCCUGAAUAAGAAUCAGGGGUAUCUUGCGGAUGCCAAGAAGAAACUUACCUUCGACGGGGCAAACAUUACGGAAUUCCUGAUAGACUACGAGAACCUGGCAGCCUUGCUAAAAUGGACUGAGGAAGAAAAGAUGGAUCACUUAGGGCAGCACGUGUCGCUGAGCCUAGGAAGGGACAUUAUGGCUAUUGUCGCCUCUAGUGGAUCUUGGAAAGAGACCCGGAACGAGAUAAUGUGGAAGUACCUGAAGGCAGAGAAAAUGGCAACAGAAGUCGAAUUGGCGGCAGUCCAAAGGAAAAACUAUGCCACUUACAAUGACUUCCUAAGGGCAUUUACUCUAGUCGCACUACGAAUUCCCGGGGUAACAGACCGUAUAAUGAGUAACUAUUUCCUCAGGCAGUUCUCCGAGUUCGACAAGGAUAAGAUUUUGUCGGCCUACCAGCAAACCAGUAAGUUCGAGUACACGAGGGACGUGGACUUUAGCACCGUAACAGACCUCGCAGAAAAGACAGUUGUAACCGAUACGCUAGCCCUGCUUAAGGAAGGGAAGGUUAUAGACUUGACUGGGAAGACGGGGGAUAAGGUCAAGAAGGGGAUAGAGAGCCUGCACAAACGAGUGCACGGGGUUGACAGCAAGAUAGAAAGAGUGGAAAAUGCGCUAUUAGUAAUGCAGGUGCAGGUGUCCCAACCCGUCCUCCUGCCCCAAGAGGCCGUAGUUCCGGCAGCAGUAGCGAAUCAGGGGUAUGGCAGAAGGGAUCCGGCCAAUGAGCAAUGCAAGUAUUGCACAAUGGUCGGACAUUUCGUGCGGACCUGCCCAAGACUCAACCAUGAUAUCAUGAGACAGAGAUGCAGCAGGUCCCUCAAAGGUGAAAUUUUCGGGCCUCAAGGAGAGCGCAUAAAUUGGAAUUCGCCAGGAGGGAUGCGACGUGUCGUCAUCCUCCUGAAUAAUCUCGACAUAGCUGCCGUAGAAGCAGAACCGGUAGCUGACAUUGUCUGGGACCAACCGAGGGGACGCGGACCACAGGCGAAUUUCAUCCUAGAAGGUAGUGGACAAGAUAGGGUGAACAUCACCACCCGGAGGGCAGCGGCGGAAAAUAAACUUAUUCGAGAUACGGUAAUGGAAGAGAUCGCGGGGACCAGCGCAGAUCAAGGAGAAACCGAGACCGAGGAGCCGGAAAAAGUCUACGAAAAAGUCGGGGAGGAGGAGCCGGUAGACAAGGUAGUGGCGACAAAGAAGAAAUUUAGGUACCAAAUUCCGAUUUUGACACUGCCCGAGAUCAACGAUACUCUGAGUAAACUGCUAGGUACCAUGGUGUCUGUAUCUUUUCAGACCAUGUUGCAAGCGAGCCCAAGAUUGCUUAAAGGACUCAUGCAAUUACUAACGCACCGACGCGUAAAAGUAGAGGAGGCUCCGGAGCCACAGGAGCAGGAAACAGAGGAGGCUGAGGCACCGCAAGGGGUCUCCAACCUCCAGAGGCUCCCAGGGGAUCUGGAGGACCUGGAGAAAGCCUUUGCAGACAUCCGCCUAAGCCUACCAGACCGAGAGGGUGGUGAAGUCAUGAGGGCGUCGCCCGGCACGAAGCUCAGCUUCCAUGCCUUGCCCGUAGUAAAGUUGAAAGUCCAAAUCGGAACCCACCAUACAGAUGCAUUAGUGGAUGGUUGUGCGAAAAUCAUCCUCAUACGACGAGACUUCGCAACAAUUACUGGUUGCACCAUAAACAAGGAAGUGACGGGGAGUAUCCAGGGAGCCGGCGGGGAGAUUCCCUUCGCAGGAUAUGUUACGAAAUGCGCAGUCAGGGCAGGGAUCAGGGAAUCAAUCUGGUCCUUCCAGCAGAUGACCGUGAUGGAAGAAAUGGACCAUGACAUAAUUCUCGGAAGACCAUGGUGCGCCAAUGUAGAGAUGAUAGGUAUGCAUCUGCAUGAUGGCACAUACAUGGUGGAUAUAGAGGACCCCGUGACCGGCCGUGGAGAACUCCUCCGACUCCUUGGGACAGGAGGGGAUCCCCCGAAGGGCAAAUUGGCAACCUGGUCGCCAACGUUCGAAGAGAGUGCGAGAAAGGGGGCAUUUGCACGAAUGGAAGGUAUGAGGGAAAUAGUAGAGAUUAUGAUUGAGGAGGCUUUUAGUAAGAAGGAGUGGAUCAAGAUGGGUUUGGCUCUGAAGAAAAGGAGGCAAGAGGAUGAUGUGCUAGGGGUUAUGGUGACAGAAAAGGAGGCGGAAGUCGAGCUUGGGGCCAGCCUGCCCAAAUCAAAGGAACAUCCGGAAGGAGCCGCUCCAGGUGGGAGAAAAGGUACUAGUUAGGAACUCGGCUCUUGAAAGCACGUGGUCUGGACAGUUGGGAGGAAGGUUCAAAGGUCCCUACAAGAU